CCCGCAGGUCCCGCGUGGCCGCGGGUGAGGCACGCCCGCGCGCGCCCGCCGGCGCCAUGGGAAGGAGCGGGUGCCGCCGCAGCUGCCCCCCGCCGGCGCGAGCACGACUGGAGCCCCGCCGCGGGCAGCCCCCGGCCGCGGGUCGGCGAGUGAAGCUGGCGGCAGCCGGGAGCGCGGCAGCCGGGAGCGUGGCGCGGGCUCGGGGCCACGCCGAGGAGCCCCGUGUCCAUUGAAGCAGCCGAGGACCACCGCCCGCGCCGCCGCCAUGGUGAUGUCCCAGGGCACCUACACGUUCCUCACGUGCUUCGCCGGCUUCUGGCUCAUCUGGGGUCUCAUCGUCUUGCUCUGCUGCUUCUGUAGCUUCCUGCGCCGCCGCCUCAAACGGCGCCAGGAGGAGCGACUGCGGGAGCAGAACCUGCGCGCCCUGGAGCUGGAGCCGCUCGAGCUGGAGGGCAGCCUGGCCGGGAGCCCCCCGGGCCUGGCGCCGCCGCCACCGCCACCGCACCGCGGCCGUCUGGAGGUGCCGGCGCACGCCCACCAGCACGUGCACGUGCACCCGCUGCUGCACCACGGCCCGGGGCAGCCGCACGCGCACUCGCACGCGCACCCGCACCACCACGCGCUUCCCCACCCGCCGCCGCCGCACCUCUCGGUGCCGCCGCGGCCCUGGAGCUACCCGCGCCAAGCGGAGUCGGACAUGUCCAAACCCCCGUGCUACGAGGAGGCGGUGCUGAUGGCGGAGCCGCCGCCGCCCUACAGCGAGGUGCUCACGGACACGCGCGGCCUGUACCGCAAGAUCGUCACGCCCUUCCUGAGCCGCCGCGACAGCGCCGAGAAGCAGGAGCAGCCGCCGCCCAGCUACAAGCCGCUCUUCCUGGACCGGGGCUGCACGUCGGCGCUGCACCUGCCCAGCGCGCCGCGGCCAGCGCCGCCCUGCCCUGCCCUGUGUCUGCAGGCCGACCGUGGCCGCCGGGUCUUCCCCAGCUGGACCGACUCGGAGCUGAGCAGCCGCGAGCCCCUGGAGCACGGAGCUUGGCGCCUGCCGGUCUCCAUCCCCUUGUUCGGGAGGACUACAGCCGUAUAGAGGGGCGCGCGGCGUCCCGGGCCCCGCCUCCUCCGCGGCGGACUCGUGGCCUGACUGCGGGGCUUUUUAAACGCUUCCCUCGGACUGCGGGGAGGGGUGGGGGAGGGCGGGAUUUCUUACCCCGUUUGUUACAUUUUGAGGAUAAUAAAGGUGUGUGACCUGGUUUGGUA